UGCGUAUUCUGCUCCGUUUUUCUCAGAUUUUAUACUUUUCGAGCAGCUAACUUGCCCAUCUGCUUUUACCGACACUGUUCUGUGGCUCUUAAGUUGCACCAAACUUAAAUAAAACCAAAAUAAAGAUGUUUGCCUGUGUCAGAUUGAUUGCCCCUGCUGCCAGAAGCGCCCUUGUCGCAAAUUCCAAACAAUACUUAAGGCCAUUGAGCAGUGCAGUAGCCCAGAGUCAGACGCUUGUACAGAAUGUGCAACAGCAACACAGACAGCCAGCUCUUCUCCCUGCCAUACGUAGUUUCCAGACUUCCCCAGUAUCCAGAGAUAUUGACUCUGCUGCCAAAUUCAUUGGCGCUGGAGCUGCCACAGUAGGAGUAGCUGGAUCAGGAGCUGGUAUUGGAACAGUAUUCGGUUCCCUCAUCAUUGGCUACGCCAGAAAUCCAAGCCUAAAACAGCAACUCUUCUCGUACGCUAUCUUGGGUUUCGCCCUGUCUGAGGCCAUGGGACUGUUCUGUCUUAUGAUGGCCUUCUUGCUGCUAUUCGCCUUCUAAAACGGUCAUCGCCAUCAAUUCACAACUUUACCAUCAUUUCCACAACUCGUUACGUCAACAUCAUGUAACCUACGUUAUACAUUCAGGAUAUCUUUAGGACAUUUAUUUCACAUUUAGCAGGGCUCUGUACGAAUAUGUGACCAAUUGAUUUAUUUCCGGCGAGAGACUUUGGGCUUACACAUCUAUGCGGUUACCGAUUGGCACCUAUUUGUAAAGAGUUUUAAUUUUGCUGUUGGUCUAGGAAAGUGACACAAACGCGUAUUGUACAGUGUUAGAAUGAAAUUAAUAAUAAAACCUUGGUUGGGUUUUUUCAAUCGAGGCUGUAUUCGUUCUUUUUUUUAUGUCCCGCCCUUUACAGUCAGUGCUGUUAUUAAUUAUUUUUAAGGAAAUAAAUUGUUUUAAUUUUA